AUCCUCCAGUCUUUUCUUACAUCAGUUAGUAUCUUUAUGACUAUUACUUUGAUUUCUUUAUGAGGUAUAUUGCUCAUCUCCAAAUCAUUUUGUCGUGAUUUUGUCCUGAUCUUUCCUUUGGCAUAUAUUCCUCUGUCUCAUUUUGUCUAACUCUCUGUGCUUGUUUCUAUGUAUUAGGAAAUUCAGCUACAUCUCCUACUCUUAAAAGUAGUGGACUUAAUGAAGAAGAGGUCUCUGUAGAGAGUCUAUUCUGCCAGUCUUCAGAUCGUUUUCUGGGUUAGUUACACUGAUGUGGCUGUUAUCUAGGAGUAUCUGUUUGACGAGGUGAGUUUAGGAUCCUCCCAUGCCACUAUUUCACAGGGUCCGCUGGAAAUCUUUUUCUUUUGACUUAUUAAAAUAGUUACUUUGUUCAUUGUCCUUUGUAUUUAAAUAAUGCUCAUCAUUCCAUGAUGGAAGCCAUUUUCUAAUUUAGAUUGGAAAACAUUUUAUCAUUAUUCCUUGAAGCAGGAACUGUUUAUUCAUAGUACCUCUCUGGUUCCUGGUACAGAAUAGAUGCUUAUUUAAAUAUUUAUUUAAUGAAUUUAUUCAUCCAGUAAUCAUCAUUGCUAAUCUAUCUUACUACUGUGUACAGUGUUAAUUUUAUUCUUCUAUUAUUGUUAUCAUCAAACAUUAAGUGUGACUAUUUUACUCAAGGUUAGAAUCUGAACUAAGUGAUUUCUUUUAAAUCAUACUGCAGGCAUAACUAGAAGAAUGUAAAUCUCCUGGCUUUGAUUUCACUAUUUCUACCAAUAGGUCCCUUUCUGCCUGAAAAGUACACAAGUUUUCUGUUCCUGCUGCUUGGCCAUUUCCAUGUGUUCAAAGAGCAUUUGUCAAAACAAAACAAACAAAAAUAAAAAAAAAAUAAAAACAGUGACUAACGCUCUAAAUAUUUACAUACUAGCUUUGACCCUCCUAAAUCCAAAAUAGGUUAUUGAAUAUUUUGGUGGCAAAUUUGUGGCGAAAGGUAUGGCUCUCCUCAAGGCAAGUUACCCUACUUAAUGUCUGCAAACUACAAAGCAGGUGCAGCAUCAACAUAAUUGCUCAGAGACUGGCACCUUGUAACCAUGGAGACAUUACCUCACAGUGUUCUAACAGGCCCGGUUGGCCAGAUGUGAAGGUUAUAGUCAUAAAGGUAGCUGUGCUGGGUUGCCGCCCUGUCUCUUAAGCUGUGCCAGUGAAUGCCAGACACCUUCACCUUGAUUUGCAUAAUAUGCUUAGCCAGUACUAGUAUUGGCUAUGUCAGUACUUACAUAUUCACUUCAGAAACCUGGUUCUGGCACCAGCUUGGGAAAGAAAUUAUUGAAUCUGGCAGAUGCUUUGAGGUAGGUAGAUUAGCAGCCAAGGUCACUUGAGAAGAAAAUCUACCUUGAACUUCAGCUGUAUUUAUUACUAGUAUCAUGAUUUGUUUCCCCAGGAAAGAAAAGAGACUUUUCUUCUAGCCAAGAUGAAAGGCAUGCAAGCCGGUCAGGAAACUUCGGUGGCCCUGCAGAGUGAACUCCAUGAGCAGGAAGAUAAAAUGGAGAAUCAAGCACAGCUUUCUGUUUGCCGUGGUGCCGAUGAUGCACGGCCUACUUCAGAUGAUGGCAACGUUAAUAUCAAGAAUGUCCCCAAACCAAGCUUAAGAAAGCUAAUGGCUGCUUGUGAGAAAUUCAAGAACUUGGAAACAAAACCUGGCCUCAUGACAGUAAGCGAUAACCUUUCACAUNAUAAGCGAUAA